AUGACCUUUACAACUGUGAAUUAUAGCAAUUGGGAAAAUGCACCAAGUGGAGAAUGGAAUGUAGAGAAUUUCAAUAUUAAAACUGAGCGAAAAUUCCGAGACUAUUUGCCAGGACGUGAGUUCUUGAACGUCGUGAUCACAAUUGAAGUGGACAGACUAAGAACAUUUUAUGUUUUGUACUACCUUCUACCUUGUGUUGUGUUGGCAUUGCUUAUGUUCAUUAGCUUUCUUAUACCUCCCGACACUGGAGAAAGAAUUGGUUUCUGUUCAUCAUUACUUCUGGCAUUGAGUGUCUAUCUUCUCCUGUUUUCUGAACUUCUUCCAAACACAAGGCRCAUUUCUCUUCUUGGAGCAUUAUUUGUCGUGGUGUUCAUAGAAACUGCCUUGGCUCUACUGGCAACAGUAGUGGUACUGAAAGCAUUCCACGCUAUUAAUGAAGUCCCUACAAUUCUUAGCUUUCUGUGUGGUCUUGGCUGCGCUAGAAAAGAAGAUAAAAGAAAGAAAAAGCAAAGCAAGGUAAUACCUCUAUCUUCUGCGAUUCUUAAAAGAUUCAAACGCGUGGAGAGCGGUGAACCCAACGCAGUCCAGCUUGAAGAAUUUAAAACGUCUGAGGAGCUGCCAGAAAAUACGACGGUAUCGGCAAAGAACGAAGAUCAGCGAGAAUCGGAAAAUCAGUACGAGGAAAGCCAUCUUCGCUGGAGUCGGGUAGCACGACGACUGGACCGUUUAUUUUUCUGGAUUUUCAUGGUUGGAAUGUUGGCAUCUGUAGUCUAUAUCAUUAUCAAUGCAGAAGCAGUGACAUCUUUGAACAUCUAA